CGAGCAUCUCCUCUCCACCUCCUCCGCCGCUCCCUCGCGCACCCGCACUCCCCUCUCCCGGCGCUCCCUCUCAAGCUGCUGCUGCGUCCCGCGCCCGGUGCUGCGCUGUCGCACGCAUGCAUGCGCGCCGUGCUGCCUGCGCUUGUGCGCCUGGCGCGCAGCAGCGGCAGGCCGCGCGCGGGCACGGGCACGGGCAGCAGCGCAGGAGGUAGCGCGGGCGCUCGCUGUCUGCGCACGGCGGCAGUGGCAGUGCAGGUGGGGCAUGGUGCUGCAGAGGUCGUGCACAGCGAGCAGCAGCGGCCUGCGCCUUCUGCGCCCUGCGACGCACAGCCGACGUGCAGGCCACCAUCGCCGGUGCCGCAGCAGCAGCAGCAGCCGCAGCAGCAGCCAGUCUUCGCCUCGGCACCGCCCUUUCCCUCUUCCUCCUCGCACGCUGCCACCGCUGUGCCCAAGCGACGAGCACCUCGUCAGCGCUCGACUCCGGCCGCCAAGCCUGCUGCCUCGCCGAGCACCUCUUCGCGCCGCUCCUCCUCCUCGACCUCUCUUCUCGGCCACUUGCUCGCCGCACAGCGUUCCGAGCCCAACAUCAGCGCACCGGCGCUCUAUGCGUAUCACACACAUCUCCUCGACUCCUCCGCUGCCUCUUCGUCUGCGCCAUGCCGGCCGAGCGCGGCGUCCUACUACUUUCUGCUCAAGCUCGCAGCACGGCGCGGCGACGCUGCGCUGCUCGCCAGCAUCGGCGCUGAAGCUGCGGCAUGGGAACAGGCGCAGCCCGCGCCCUCUUCGCACCUGGCGCUGCUCGCCGGCAACCUCACUCGCGCCCUCGAGGCGCGUACUGGCGUGCGGCGUCGGAAGGAGAAACCAGCCCCUAGACGAAGAGGGUUGCGCGAAGCAGCGGAGGCAGCAGCGCCGUCGGAUGCGUUCAGCUACGCCGCUUCGCUGCGCGUUCGAGCACCGGCGCUGCUCGUGCCUCAGCCGCAGGAGCUAGAGCUUGACGUCCAUCUGCGGCCGCUCGAGCCCUCCGGUCGCCGGCCCGCGCGGCCGCGCUUCUCGCCGGUGGAGCGAGCGCCUAGGCGUCUGGCGCCGCACGUCAGACGAGGCUUGCAGGAGGUGCAAGCGGAGGCCGCGACACAGGUGCGCUUGGCCGAGCUGAGGAGAGAGCAUGAGCUGCUGGCGCCUGCACCUAGCGCGCCGCUGCGAGCGGGGGGCGGUCUGCCUGAGCCGGCGCAGGCGAGGGCGUUCGAGCGGUGGCUGGCCAUACUGCAACGACGCGAGGAACAGCGACUGGCGCUGGGCGCGGACAUGGCCCGCAGCAGGAGCGCCGCUGAGCUGGCGAGCAGCCGAAGCAGGAGCGCGGACGAGUCUGACGCCAACGCGCUGCCGCCGGCCUACGUCGUGCUGGCUGCGCUCCGUCGGCUAGUUGAAGUCGGCGACGCACAGGCUUCUCUCGCACUCGUCCACGCCUACAUCUCCGCCGUGCCGGCAGCGCAGCAGUCGACACUUCGGCUCAACAAGCGCAUCACACGCCCGGUCAGCGAGCCGAACGUGCCGAUCAGAGGCGCCAGCUUGCUCAACCUCGUCCUCCGCGCUCACUUCGUGGCUGGCGAUGAUCUGACACAGGCUGCCAAGGCGUGGCAGGAGCUGGUCGGCGGCAGCCCGCCGUGGGCACCCAAGCCGGGGCCCAAGCCAGUCGAUGCGCCGUCAGUGGAGCCCAGCCGCUCUGCCACACCGCGUCUCGUGCCAGACGAGAACACGGCGCUCCUGCUGCUCGCCCUUCUCCGAAGCGACGCGCAACGCUGCGCUUCCGGCGCCAAGCUGCUCCUCACGCUCAUGGGCAAGCACGGCGCUCGUCCGCGAGCCGGCCAUUCCGCUCGUCGUUCUCUGCGCUACACCACGCGCGUGACACGCGCGCUGCUGCGAGCCGCGCUGCGCUGCGGCGCCAAGGACGUGGCACGCAAGGCGUUGACGCUGCACGCCAGCUGGCGACGCGCCGCGCUGACUGUGGACGGCGCGCCCCAGGAUUGGGAGCGCAAGAAGGCGGCAAGUAGAGGCGAGAGGCGCAAGUGGCGGGAUGUGCUCAACGCCCUCGUGGCGAGGCGCUGGAUCUCUCGGACGCACCGAGCUGCAAUAGAGUGAUGCCUGCCGCGCCGCUUCGAGCGUGAGGGACUGAGAGGAAAGGGGC